AUGGGUUCAAGGACACAGCCAGCAGCAUCUGAUCGUGUCUACGAAGACUUUGAACCAUUGUACGAAUGGGUUAGAGACGAAAGGCAAGUCAAUGUUAUGCUACCAGGUUUUAGAAGGGAUCAGUUGAAGGUUCAAGUGACCUCAAAGCCUACCCUAAGGCUGAUAGGUGAACGAAUGAUCGCUGAGAACAGAUGGCGUCGUUUCACUUUAGAGUUACCCAUUCAGUCUGAUUAUGACACCGACAAUGUCACUGCCAAGUUUGAGGGUGGCACGCUAUCAAUCAAAUUUGGAAAACUCUCAUUCAAUACGCCCAAGGAAUCAACAGCUCCAACACAAAAGGUUGAACAGCAAAAACAAGAUACCCCAAACGAAGAAACGAAGACCAACGGUGAAGUCUCUGCAGACCAAAAGACACCCCAGAAGGAGGAAACAAAGACUAAUGGCUCAAGUGAGACAAAAGAGGAAACACCAGCCCCUAAAACUAGGCCUGUUUCAAGAACCAAAACUAGGCUAAUAGAUUUUGCACUUGGUUCUGGAAAUCAGGUUGAUAAUGAAGUCAUUGGAGAUUCUCACGCAGGGAAUAACAAGUUCAAGAAAAUCGUGAAAUGGAUGGUGGUUGUCUAUGCAGUUGUGGCCCUUGUGGCACUUGGCCUUUAUGCUAAAAAUGCAUUCAUAUCGUCCAAUGGCGAAUCAGAAACAGAAUCAUUCUUCCAAGAGCUGUGA